AUGUACACAACGAUGCCGCCAUCCGCCCAGAUACAGAUGAGAGCUCGAGCUCCAUUCGCUGGUACCGUCGACUCUCACCGCCAUUCAGGACACGCACCAAUGGCCGCGAAUGGAGUGUCCACAUGCGAGCGUGAUGGGCGAGAACAUCUGUAUGCUUCGACAACCAAGCCAGAAGGCGUCAGCGGCCGCAUUCGGACGCAGUGCAACGGCUUCCUGGUGGCGAAAGAAGCUCCACAUCAUGGCCACCGCCUUGGACUGCAGCUGGGGAAGUAUACAUUGUGGUACAAAGGUGGAAAAGGUGAACCGGCUUACGGUCCCGGAGCAGAUAUUGCGGUCAUCGUCUUGAAUUCUUCCGUCUAUCUCAGCCCGUCCAGAGUAACUUGA